AUGGCAUUCUUCGGAUACAACGACCCACGCAAUGCCCUCCUGACGACCCAGACCCCGGAGAACGCGUACCACGCCACCCUAGGCGAAGCCGUGGCCGCCCUAUACGCGGCGCAGAGGACCCCGCGCGACGUGCCACUGCACCUGGUAAGUACCUCCCCCUUCCUCACCAAGGCCAUCACGACCAAACUGGCGGGAUGGGAAGACGGGGGAUGGAUAGGGGUGCCCCACGCCGACUACCUUGCCGCGCUAGCGAACCACCUUAGACAACGGUGUGCGGUGACGACCGUCCGCCAUGCCUCGACUCCCUGGGAGUGGAAGGCCAUAGACUGGAUCAGAGACCGUGCGUGCCCGCUCUUACUCAAUCACCCUCUCGAAGUGGUGCGGCCAACCUCUAACCCCUCCUUCCGCCUGAGUGGAGCCCGCCUCGCGUCGCUCACGCAGGCUACGGCGUACAAGGGCAUCCUCGCCACCCGACGCCCGCCGGCUCGGCAGGGGACCGCCCGCAACGUGGCCCUAGCCCUUGCCGCGCUCGCGCCCCGCCAGCAGCGCAGCAGCGAAGAACUGUGGACGAGCCUACGGCACAAAGACAUCAGGCACCAGGUCUCGGACUUCCUGUGGAAGACCCUCCACUCCGCGCUCCGCGUAGGACACUUCUGGGCUCACAUCCCCCAGUACAAAGACCGGGCGUCCUGUACGAACUGCCGCUGCGAAGAAUCCAUCGAGCACAUCCUUCUCGAGUGCACCGCGGUGGGGCAACAGCAAGUCUGGACGAUGGUGGAGGCGCUUUGGCUGAAAACGGGGCUCGCCUGGCCCGGCAUGUCCCUCGGGACGCUGCUCACGCUCGGCACGAAAACAUGGACGAACCCCGGGUCAAAACGACGACGGGAAGGAGCUUCAAGGCUCUGGCGCAUCCUCGUGUCAGAAUCCGCGUACCUCGUCUGGAAACUACGGUGCGAGAGAGUUAUUGGCCACGACGAUUCCCCCGACUGGCAGCACCACGAGCUCACUGUCCAACGACGAUGGCACGCAGCCAUCGACGCCCGCCUCCAAUUGGACAUUGCCUCCACCAGGCACUACCUGGGAGGACGUACACAGAAGUCCGACGUAGUACUACGUACAUGGAAUAAAGUCUUGGAGGACGAGAUCGCGCUGCCAGAUGACUGGACGCGCUUCGGGUUUUUAGUGGGUAUUGCUCCAGUACGGCUACGUGAACACGACCCCGGUUGA